UGGGGGCGUAGUCUGACGACGAGUGGGAGAAGAGAGGAAGAAGGAAGUGCUAGACCUGGAAGCAGGGCGUUCUUUGAAUCUCCUGCUCCUCUUGCUGCUCUGGUUUGGACUUUUACUGUUGCCUGACUAUGGCUCCCCAGAAUCAAGGCACAGAACUUGACCUUACCUGGAUUUCUGAAGUGCAAGUGAACCAGCCAGCAGUUUUAAGACGUGCAGAGCAAAUCCAAACCCGAAGAACGAUGAAAAAGGAUUGGCAAGCUGCUUGGCUCCUGAAAGCUGUUACCUUUAUUGACCUCACUACACUUUCAGGGGAUGAUACUUCUUCAAAUGUUCAGAGGCUUUGUUACAAAGCCAAGUAUCCAAUCCGGGAAGAUCUUUUGAAAGCUUUGGAUAUGCAGGAUAUAGGCAUCACCACAGCAGCUGUUUGUGUUUAUCCGGCUCGUGUGUGUGAUGCUGUAAAGGCACUUAAAGAUGUGGGCUGUAAAAUUCCAGUGGCUUCAGUGGCCACUGGCUUUCCAGCUGGGCAGACUCAUUUGAAAACUCGAUUGGAAGAGAUCAGAUUGGCUGUUGAAGAUGGUGCUAAAGAAAUUGAUGUAGUAAUUAAUAGAUCUUUGGUGCUCACAGGUCAAUGGGAAGUUCUGUACGAUGAGAUCCGUCAGUUUCGCAAAGCCUGUGGAAAUGCACACCUCAAAACUAUUCUGGCGACCGGAGAACUUGGCUCUCUCACUAAUGUCUACAAAGCCAGUAUGAUCGCUAUGAUGGCAGGUUCUGAUUUCAUUAAGACCUCUACAGGAAAAGAAGCAGUAAAUGCUACCUUUCCUGUAGCUAUAGUGAUGGUUCGGGCCAUUAGAGACUUCUUUUGGAAAACUGGAAAGAAGAUAGGUUUUAAACCGGCGGGAGGUAUCCGGACUGCAAAGGAUUCUCUGGCUUGGCUCUCACUUAUUAAAGAGGAGCUUGGGGAUGAAUGGCUGAAACCAGAACUCUUUCGCAUAGGAGCCAGCACGUUGCUUUCUGACAUUGAGAGACAGAUCUACCAUCAUGUAACUGGAAGAUAUGCAGCUUAUCAUGAUCUUCCGAUGGCUUAAAUAAGUGGCCAAUGCUGGAGGAACUUUAUGCAAGAACAUCUUACUGUAUGUAUGUAUGUAUGUGUAUGUGAGAAUAUAUAUACACAUAUAUACACAUAUGUGUACAUACAUGUAUACUUAUAUAUAUAUAUAUACAUAUAUAUAUAUAUAUGAACAUACAAAUUCUACCCAUCAUCGAAACCGUCUGAUUAAAAAGAAUUUUCAAAGUAGGUGAAUGGCCAAUUCUUUCUUUUGGGGUUGUCUUUGUAUUUAAAUCCAAUGAUGAAGGACAAAAUGUUAUCUGCCAGGGACUCUUUUUUGAAGCCCAAAAGGCACGUUUGAGCUGUUCAUAAUGGUUGUAAAAUCUGCAGUGUUAAUCUUUCUUAGACUUUUCUAAGUAAUUUUUAUAACUAUGACAACAUGCAAAUUCUGUGAAAAAUGUAAAAAAAGAAAUGGUAGACGACUCCAGUAACACUUUGUAAUAGGAGAUUAAUGUACAUCCAUGAGCUGCAACAGUAGCAAAAUGAUUUUGAAGAGUUAUUGAUUUGGCAUUAAUGCUUACCGUAUGAAAGUAUGUCUAUCUUUUGUAAUUAUUGUUUUUAAAAAAUUAAUUGUACUAAUGACUUCAAGCACUGUUAUUUGAAAAUUAGAGUCACUUUUUAAAAAUAAAAAGCUCUUACUCUUAAAAAUGACAACUUUAAAAAAAUCAUGAUAUGUUCAUUUUAGAAAGUCAAUUACCUAAUUGAUUUAAUUUAAUUAAUAAUUCUAAUUGAUGUAAGGAUAAUGUUUUGAAUCUUUUCAUUUGAUUCUUUGGGAGUAUUUCUUAGAGAAAAUCCCUUCAUACAUUAUUGAAUUAAAGUGGUUUAUUUGUGGAUAUUGAUGCUAUUAUUUUAUAAUGUACUGAUAAAAAUAUUACACAGACAAUCAACAAUGCUCACGUGCUGAUAAUCCAUUUUGUAUACUGUAUUCCUAGGCAGCUAGGUGUCUCAGUAUAAAGAGUGCUGGGCUUGGAAUCAGGAAGACCUGAGUUCAAAUCCAGCCUCAGAUACUUCCUAGCUGUGUGACCUGCGGCAAGUGACUUAGCCUGGGUUUGUCAGUGUAGAAGAAAAUGGCAGACCACUCCAAUGUCUUUGUUAAAAAAAACAAAACCCAAACAAACAAAACUUCCAUAGACCAAGGUCUACAAGGACAUGAAGAGGCCUGAAAUGAAUGAGCAAUAAUUUUGGCCACAUCACUAUGUCAUCUUAGCAUUUCUGAAAGAUCACCAUCAUUGCCAUAAGCAAUUAUCAUAGGUGCUUUUCUACCAAUAUUGCAAGGUUUCCCAGAGGCAUGAAUUCAAUGGACGUCCACUUUUGACAAACCAAUUUGCAGAAUUCCCUCAUAGAAAAGUGCCCAUUGUGCAUGUGUUCAUUUUGUUGAGUGGUAGCAAAGUCCUACUUGGCAUUUUCAGAUGUCCCCUUUCAGUAUUGUUAUAGAAAUGUUUGGCUUUUGCUUUUGGUGCUAAACCUCUUUGUCCUUUUGAGAGAAAUGAUUAUAUAUUGUAAGGGGGAAAAGGGGUUAAUUUUAAAAGGAUCAAACUGGAUUAUUUAAGAGGGUGGUCGCCAGGAAUUUAUAUUAAUUCCAAAGAGAUUUAUUUACAAUUUAUUUACAAAAUGUAGAAAGAGUGAAGUAAGGAAAAUCAGAGAGAGGAUAGGGUAAGAUAUCUAGUCUAAGUACAAGUGAUUUACUUCAGGCUCCUAGCCCAACCUGGCAGGGAGAGUUGGUUCUUAGCUGGCCUCGGCAAAGCUGAGGACCUGGGGAAAAACUCUCUCAAGAGACUAGUCUCUCCUGAGGCUAGUUUUUUCAGAAAAUAUCCAGGAAAGGAGUCAGCUUUUUCACUCACCAUGUGUCAAUCCAAUAGUCUCAUCAGGAACAGGGUCUUAGGUCCAGUUAGCAGAUUUCUCCUUCAGUCUCCACUCCAAAAAAUGAAGUCUCCAAUCUUCACUUCCAAAAAAUGAAGGACUGCCAGUUGAACUCCAUUCAGGAAGUUGUCACUUCCAUUUAAAGACACUUUCUCUUGCAUCACUUCCUGUGCCUUCCCCUAAUUCUAUGUAUACCAAUCACAGUUGAAAUCCUAUUUUAGGACUGCUCAGGAAGCAGUCAAUCGAUUCUGAUUCAUCACCCACUCUCAUACAUCUUAAUGAUUAAGUGGGAUGUUUACACUUUUGCUCAUUAGAUCUAAAAAUGGGAAGAUCUCCAUACUCAACUGUUAAGUAGGGUGCUUACACUUUUGGUGAUUAAAAUCUAAAAAUAGGCAGGGAUUACAAUUUUAAUCUUCACAAUCAGGGGAGAGUUAAUUUUAAUCUUCAUAAUAUUUAUUUGUCUUCCACUCUCCAACAAAAGAGGACACACGUCAGCUAAAAUCCUUACUAUUACUACUAUAUGAUACUACUACUAUGUGAGAAGGGCCUAAGAAAUACUCAUCAGUCAAUGAUUAUGGUUUUUGUGGCACAGACUGGCACACACAAAUCUCUGUUCCCAAUAUUAGCCCAUUAAGCUUUAGUUCAUUCUACUCCGUGGUAGUAACAAAAGAUAGCUUGGGUUCUUUGCUCAGUUGGUACUGGGUCACUUUAGUUUCUGAUCCAAGGCCCCUACAUCAUGUCAGGAAGUGUAUAAGGGGAAAUUUUAGGGUUGUGACUUAAUCUAAAUUUAAUUGGUUGCCAGGGAAUAUCCCAAAUAAAAUACCCAAGUCAUUUUGGAAAUUUUUUGGUGGUUUAAUUAAUAUAGAGGGAAGGAAUCAAGGAGAAGAGAAAGGGAAAAGGGUAUAGGAUUUCUCCUGCCUGGCCUGUGCCAGGGGGAGUUCAAAGAUCUCCAUUAGGAGGUCUUUUCAGAAGAUUAGAGGCUUUCCUAAGAGGAUAGUGUUUUGGAAGGUAAAGGAGAAAUAAUUAGCCUAAACUCUGAGAGAGCUCAGAGAAGACGCCUCACCUGAACUAGGUUACCAAGCUUCCCCCAGUAGUGUAUCAAGAAUUCUCACUGCCAAACCCAGACAAUAGCUGCCGCCAUGCCAAGAUGCCAAGACACUCAGCAUGCUGCCACCAGAGCCACCUCUCCACGAAAAGAAGCUGAGAGAAGUGACGCGAAAUAUAUAGACCAUUUUUACAUCACUUUCCUGCAUCUCACAUGUACCAAUGGUAGCUUAAGUUUGAUUUAGGACAGCCCAGAGGUCUGUCAGUUGUUUCUGAUUUGUCAUUUGCUAGCACAUGUCUGUCAUAGGCCAUCCUUCUCAAUACUUAAUCCUUAAGUAGGUGUGUAGACAUUUCUGUUUUGUUAGACUACGCAGGAUGGAGUAAAUCUAAAAUUCACAGGUGUGAGUCUCUGAUUAUUUGUACUAUCUGAAAUUCAUUGGUUUUUCUUUCAUAAAUAGAUACAAACAUAAGGUUUUGUUUUU